UACAUCCACAGCCAAGUCCACAGCCAAACAAUAAACAAACUGGAGUCAACAACUAAACUAACUUAAAACUGUCCUGUCUCAAUGUGAUUCCUCUACAAACAGAGCGUGUGUAGUCUGUAGAUCUUUCCGCGAACACGGAUCAUCAGCCUCUGCAGCCACCUCCCGGCACUGGCUCCGGUUCCUGCAAAUAUCUAGAUUUGAGUAUUUCAAGUCAACCGGCACCGCUUUGAAUCGCUCGCUGACACCACUUCCUGAAGUGAGGGGCCGGGUACUACUACGGGGUAGUGCGGUAGAUGGAUGGCGCACGAUCGAAGUUACGACUAUUCCUUCAAGCUGCUGGUGGUCGGGGACAGUGGUGUGGGCAAGACAUGCAUGAUCCUGCGCCAUGUCGAACAGCAGUUUGCUGCAUCCUACAUCUCCACCAUUGGUAUUGAUUCCAAGGUCAAGGUCAUGAACUUGGACGGCCUGAAGAUACGACUCCAAAUAUGGGAUACGGCUGGGCAGGAGAGGUUCAGGACGCUGACUAGCGCAUACUACCGAGGCGCAAUGGGUGUGUUAUUACUAUAUGACAUGACAAACAGCAAGACGUUUGACAAUGUGCGCGACUGGCUGCAGAAUAUCGAUGAUCAUGCCUCUCCGGAUGUUAUCAAGGUACUCGUGGGAAACAAGAAGGACCUGGUUGACACUCGGGAAGUCGAGACUGCCAGGGCACGAGAUCUGGCUGCUACUCACGGUAUUCCGUUCUUCGAGUCAAGCGCAAAGUCGGGAGAAAACGUUGAUGAGUGUUUCUUAGCUGCUGCAAAGCUGAUAUACGAGCUGCGGCGGAAACAGGAGAAGCGCACCGUUUUCGAUUCGCCGUCCAGUGGCGGCACAGUAUCACGCCAGCCUAGUACGAUCCGUGUGGAGGCAGCCAGGGCAGGAAAUCAGCAGCAGGACGGUGGUGGCUGCUCUUGCUGACUGCCAAUGCCAGUGCGGCAUGCCGGGAGUGUGUGCAGUUACGCCAUGAUAUCAAUGCACUGUAUGGCAUCUUUACUGAAGCUAAGAGGGGCCACUUGGCAGUUUGCGCGACCACUCUUGAGUCGUGCAGUUCCCGGUGGUGUCUUUAGAAAAAAAACUGUUCCGUCAAGCUUGAGACGUGCUUACACCAAGUGUGGCGGCUGUCUUCUGGCAAUCCAGGGUAUAGUUCCGUUUGUCCACGGCUACUGCCGGGCUCCCAAUCGACCGCUGUGUUGUGCUUCCACCAGCUUGGAGUACAAUACAGCUUUAGUGUGUUCAUGACUUGUGCCGCACGAACCAGUAAAUGAGACUGUAUGAGUUCAAUACCCCACAUCAUACAUCAUACCUCAGUGUGUUAGCGUCUACCAAGUCAUGAACAUGGCCAGUCUCGACUCUCGAGUCAGCAAGUGACUUUGUGAAUGUCUAUUUACAUCACCAGAUUCUAGAAAAUGCGUUGCUAACCAUUACCGGCGGAAAUUCCUAUCAAGAGAUCCCCGUUUGCUCUACGAAUUUUUGAAACAACUUAUAUUCGCCGUUUGCUAUGGAUGGACUUGAGCUAUCUUUAUAAAUAGAAAUAAUUAUAUUUACUCCGAGUGCUGUGUUGGAAAUGCUACUAGUAUCAUUACAUGAAAUCAUCGGGCCGGGAAUCAGUGUCUGGCUGCUGAUCUGUAGAGAAUUUUUGCUGACCCUUUUUUGUUGUUGAAUAUUUACAAGUAUGUGUGCUUCGUAAGCGUAACCGUAAACAUGCGAUAACCGUUUCCGAGGA